AACAAGAAAAUCAUAAUCUUCUUAUACAACCAUGUUUAGAUCUAUUCACAUCAUUGGUUAUAAAUGAUUGGAAACCUGAACAACGAUUAUUUUCAUUACUUUAUAAAUGGCUUACUGAACGAUCAUAUAAUCAUAUUUAUAAUCGUUUUGCAAGAAUUUUAUUAACAAAAAUUGGUUGGAAUCGUAUCCUUGUUCAAAAUGAUCAAUGUUUAAUGAUACCCGUGCAACAACAACAACAAUUUUCAUUAAAAUUAUAUCAAGCAAUGGAACAAUAUUUUAAAAUUACAACUACAAAUAAUAAUGAUUCAAAGACAAAGAUUAUAAUUGAUUAUCCACGAAUUAAACCGGAACAAUUAAUGAAUGAAGAACAACGUUUACGUUUAGCACAAUCAAUCGAUUCGAAUGAUUAUGGUUGUUGGUGUUGGUCAAUGUUAUUAUCAUUACGUUUACAUCCAUUAGAUUUAAUACCGGAUGAAUCUAGUUGGGAUGAUAUUGUUUUUGGUAAUAAUAUUAGUGUUGGUGGUAUUGGUGAACAUUUAACAACAACAACAACAACAACAAAUAAAUAUUCAUCAUCAAAUCGAAGAAAACAUUGGACAAUGCAAUAUAUGAUGAAAUUUAAUUAUGAUUCAGAAAUGAUACAGAUUGCCAAAGGUAUUGAAUCAAAUAAUCCAUAUGCAAUUUAUAUUGCAGCUAUAUCAAGUGAUUUAUUAUUCAAUUCUGGUUACAAUUCCAUUGAUUUAAAACGUAUGACUGAAUUGAAUGAUCAAUUGAUAAGCGGUGGUCAUCUAAUUCCAACAUUACAAAUAUUAUAUCAUUUUUUACCAUUUUGUUUUCAAAAUGAUGGUGAAUUACGUUCAAAUCAAUCAUUUAUAUUAUCAAUAUUAACAUUAUUACAAAAUGAUUCGAUUGCUGAACAAUUAUCAUCAAUCAUAUUAUUACAACGAAAACAUUUUCAACGUCCAGAAUUUGCACAACGAACAUUACAAUCAUGGACUGAAUGUUUAUUUGAAACAAUAAAUCGUUGUUUAAAUAUGAAAAUAUCAACAUGGUUUUCAACGAUUAUACCACAAUUUUUACAAUCAUCAUCAACAACAAAUCAAAUGAAUAUUAUUGAUAUGAUAUUGGGAAAAAUUACUUCAAUUUUUGAUCGUUUAUCAAUGGAAUUAUUAUUGGAAAAUGGUGAUUCAUUAAAAUUAUAUCAACAAUAUUUAUUUCGUAAAUUAUAUGGUCGUAUGAUGAAUUGGAAAUUUUCACAAUUAGAUUUGAUUUAUGCUAAUUCAGGUUCAUCAUCAUCUGAUAAUGAUUCUAGUAGUUCAUCAUCUUGGUUAUCAUCAUAUUGGUAUUCAAAUGAAACAAAUAUACCUGGAUAUCUUACGGAUAAAACAUUAAUACGGUCACCAUGGAUGACACCAUUUCAUUUAUUAUUAAGACAUUGUUUAAAUUCAAGACAAUCAAUUCGUUCAAGACAACCAGUUUAUUUAAUAUUUUUACUUACCGAAAUUGAUAUUCGUCGUACAUAUCAAAUAUGGAAUCAUUUAGUUUUAGAAUUACGUAAAAAACCAUGGAAUCCAUCAAAUGAACCAUCACAACAAAUUGAUUAUAUAAUGAUUGAAACCGAGAUAACAAAAAUAUGUUUACAAUAUGAAAAAGCACCAUUACCAUAUCAAUUGUUACCAUUGAAUUUGCUCACUGUAUAUCUGUUGAAAUUGAUUCAAACAGUUGAUCAUUCACAAUCAUCAACAAAAUCACCAUCAACAACGGAUCGUCAUCCACAUCCAAUAAUACCAUUAUUAUGGAGACAAUUUUUUUCCAAUUAUUUUCUUUAUACAGAUUCAUUAUCAACAAUUGGUAAUCGAUUUAUUGAUCAAAACCGAUUGAAACAAUUAAAUGAUCGUUUAAAUUCAUUAUUUGAUUAUCAUAAUCAAAGAUGGAUUUAUUUGAAUAAUGAAAGAUCAUUGAAUAAUGAUACUAUUUCCAUUGAUUCGGAACUAUUUCAACAUGAGCAGCAGCAAAAAAGUGAUUCAAUUUCAACAUUAUUAUUUGAAGAUCGUUUAGUUAAAUUAUAUCGUGCAUAUAGGAUUUGGCUGAAAGAUAAUCGUUUUUUACAAUAUGCCGAUCUUGAUGAUGAACAAUUUACUAAACCAGAAAUUCAAAUAAAAUUAUUAAAUUCUGUGGUAUCGGUUUCAAGCGGUAAACAAUUUUCAAUCGGUGGUAAUAGUAAUCAACAACAAUUUCAUUUUAUUCAAGAAAAUUUUUGGCCAGAAUUUGAUCAUUUAAAUUCAUUUUUUAUGUUGAAUUAUGUUCAUAAAACACCAUUACAAUCAUAUAUAUUUCAACAUGAACAAUCAUGGAUAAGAUUGAUGAAACCAAUUCUUCAAGAACCGAUAAAAUAUUUUGAUGAUAAUGGUGACAAUGAUGAUGAUAAUGAUAAUGUUCAACGAAAAUUACCAAAACAUUCCGAAUCAUCAUCGAAUGAAAUUCAAUUUAUCGAUGCUAAUCUAGGCAAAUCUAAUCAAUCAAAACAACAAAAGCAACAACAACCUGUUGAAUAUAGCCAAAGUGAACGUUUUGGACAAAUUAUUGAUUAUUUUAGUAAACUAACAUCAUCAUUAAAUUGUAACAUACUAUUUAUUGAUAAUGAUAUUGGUUAUAAUUUAUCAUAUGUUUUCGAUGAUCAUACAACAAUCGUGGAUUUUGAUGGUAAAAAAUCUGAACAAGAUAUAUCCAUUGUGUUUGUUAUCAUACAUCAAAUUGUUGAUAAUAUUAUUGAAGAAGCACGUUUUGUUGAACAACAAUUGGAAAAAUUUAAUCAAUUAAAUACAGAAUUUUGUAAAGAUAUUCUACCAAAAUUAUAUCAUGAUGUUAGUCGUGAUUUAAUACAAAAAAUUAGCUGUGAUCGUUCGGAAUUCGAUGCUAAUGGUUGUUCAAAACCGGCUAUAUUUAAAUUUGAAUUCACUGAAUCAUUAUUGAAUAAUUAUAUUAAACAAAAAUUGGAUCGUAAUCGUGCUGAAUUUGAUCAAAUAAUCAAAACAUUAAUCGAUGAUAUACCUGGUCAAAAACAAGUUGCAUCAAUAUAUUUUAUGCAAAAAAUUGUUCAUUAUUUGUUACGGUAUUAUUUGGAUGGUCCAUAUCAACAAUCAUCAGAUAAUAACAAUAAUCAACAACAACAGCAACGAAUACAACGUUUAUUCGAAACAAUGUCCGGUUGGAUUAAUUCAAUCAAUUUAAUCGGUAUUAAAUAUCAUCUAACUGGUCAAUUAUUGGAUAUAUUUUUAGAUUUAUUACAAAAAUUAUCCGUUAAUUAUGUUGAUGAAAUUAAUUAUUUUUAUUUAAAUACUGUAUUACAACGUAGUGUUUCAAUGUCAUUAACACAACAAUUAGCACCUUGUUUACAACCAUCAAAAACAUCUACAAAAAUGUUUAUUGAAAUGUAUAAAUUGAUUGGAUCACGUUUGAAUCAACAAUCACAAUCACAAUCGCAACAACCGCAAUCGCAACAAUAUCAAUUAUCAUCACCAGCACAAACAAUAUUUGUAUUAUUAAGUAAAUUUGAUGUUUCCACAUGGUUACAAUUAACGAAUCUGUCGGAUGAACAACGUCUAGAUCUUUUACAAUGUUUAUUUCAAUGUUUUCAAUUUUUCGGACCAUAUCCAAGUGAUGAUCAUUUAGUUAUUUAUGAUCUUUAUCGUAAACAUUUACAAGAUAUGAUUCUGUAUCGUUUUCCAAUAUUUAUGGCUAAUAUUCUGGCAAAUAUGUUAACAGGAAUGAAUGAACAAAAAUUAGCACCAAUAUUAUGGAAUAGUAUAUUACAUACGUUUGGUUUUUAUACAAAAAGUUUAUCAUCAUUUUCAUCAUCAACAAUAACAACAGCAGCAGCGGGAAAAUUUGUUCGGCCAAAAUUUGAUGAAAAUAAUCAUGGUGUGACCAACAACAACAACAACAACCAUUGUGAAUUAUCAAUAAUUGAUUUUGAUUAUCAAACAUUUGAUGAUGAUUUACGUAUAUAUGUUUUACGACAAAAAUUAUUUACAUCACAUGAAUUAUAUAAUCUUUUACAAUUAAUGUUGGAAUUUAAACAUAAUCUUCAACAACAACAACAACAACAACAAAAUUCAAAUCAACAACAACAAUCAGAAUUUUUAGAUCAUUUUAAAAUUUAUAAUGUAAAAUUUUUACAAUUUUUAACAUUUAUAUCGUAUUGUUGGAUUAAUUCGAAUGCAACAACAUUACCAGAUGAUCUUUCGAUAAUAUGGCUACCAUUUUUUGAAAAUUGGCGAUUUUGGCUAUUUCCACGACAUAAUACCAAAUUUAUACAAUGGGAACAUUUUUGUUUUGCUUGGCAACUGUUUAUCAAUUCAGUUCAAUAUAUGUUGGAUUCAUUUUAUGAUGACCAACCACAGAUUUUAUCCUGUUUAUGGCAACCAUUUAUGACAUUUAUAUUGGAAACUCGUUCGGUUGAACGUACCGAUGUUGAAAUGUUUGAAUCAAAAUUAUUACAAUUGAAAAAUUGGUCACAAUUUUAUCCAUCAAUUAUCGAUAUGAAACUUAUGUAUGAAUCAGUGGUGAUGGAACGUUAUUCAAUUGAACGUUUAAAUUCAUUUGUUAUAUCAAAAAUUCAAUGGAAUCAAGCAUUAUUGAAUACACCACAACAAAUAUCAUUCAAUAAUGUUGUUGAAAUAUUGGAAAAUCUUACCUAUACAAUUAUAUCGUUGGUUGAUCAACCAUAUAUUGGACAGGUUGAUUUUUUCAACAUUCCAUUUUGGAUAUUACCAAGUGAAAAAAUUCAAAAAAUUAUUGUUACAUUGUUGGAAGUGAUGAAAAAACGUAUACCAAUCGAUAUGGUUGAUAAAAAUUUGAAUAAACAAAAAUCAACCGAUUCAAUCAUCGAUAAUCAAUUAAUAAUUAUAAUGAGAUUAUUAAAAUCAUUGGUACAAUUACAAACUAAUAAUGUCCACAAUGAUAAUAAUAAUGAUGAUGAUGAUCCAAUCAAACAACAACAAAAUGCAUCAAAAGUUAUUUAUUAUGGUCAUUGUAUUGGAUCAUUCGUAUCAUAUCAUGCAAAUCAAAAUUCAGAUUAUUUAGCUAAAAAUCCUCAAACAUUAUUGUUAUUUUUAAAAGAUUCAAUUGAAUCAUUACGACCAACAAUCGAUACAUUCGAUACGAAUGAUCGUGUAUCAAUAUUUUGUGAAUUAUUACAAUCAUUAAAUGAAAUUCAUGAUCAACCAAUUCGUGAUCAAAUUGCCCGACAUUUUGUAACAAUAUUUUCCUAUAUGACAUCAAGUCAAUUAUUUACUGAAAUAAUAUUUGCUGUUGGAAAAAUUAUCUAUUCAAUUAAAACGGCAAUCUAUUUAUUGGAAUGUUUAUUGGAAAAUUAUUUUGAUUUAGCUGGUGAUUUACAAUAUUUGAUUGAUAAUUUAGAAAUUGUUCAUAUGAAUAAACAACAUCUCAAUGUAACAACAACAAUGAAUAAUAAUUCACAAGCAAAUUUACAAUCAACAAAUAAUGAAAAUGAUACAACAAAUUAUCAUAUUGAAGAUUUUAUGCUCGAAUCAAUACGAACACGUAGCUGUUUAUUAUUAUUAAUAUAUAUACAUCGUCAAUUACAACAUCGUACAGUACCGGAUAUAUGUACCAGGCGUUAUGUUUAUAGUAUAAUGAUACAAUGUGUACAAUAUUUUGGUAAAUUUGGUCAACAACAACACCAACAACAAUUUAUGGAUGAAUCAAAACAAUGUUUUUUCUGGACCAGAAUAUUCGAUUUGCUUACAUUUGAUCAUAGUUCAAUUAGUAAUGGUUUAAAUAUUUCUAUACAUCAUUUAUCAUCAUUAAAAACAAAUAAUAAUCAUUUAUCAACAACAAUGAAUAAUGCCAAUUCGAAUAGUCGAUCAUUAUUGGAUAUACCUAUCGUUUAUUCGACCAAGAAUAAUUCAUCAUCAACAGCAUCAUUAUUAUCAUUGACAAAAUCAUCACCGAUAACACCAUCAACAUCAUCGCCAUCAUUAUUAUCAUCACAACAGCAGCAACAAUUUUUAGAUCCAAAUCAACUUUCAUUGGAUAUACAUCAAGAAGAAGUAUCACAAUCAAUACAAACAUUAUUAUUAUUAUGUCGUCAAUUAAAUCAAUCCAUACAAGAUUCAUUGAAUCGUGGUUUUUUCGGUAUAUUUCGUUCACAAAAACCACCAUCAAAUCAAUGUUUAUUUAUAUUACAAUCAUUAAUAUUACAUGGUUUAUGUACAAUGAUGGAAACAUUUUUUCCUGAAUUUGAUUAUCAUCCACAAUCAUCAUCAUCAACAGCAACGACGACAUCUGUGAUUGAUCAGGAUGAUCAUCAAUCAUCACCAACAAAAAUGCUGAAUGUUGAUCAAAUUCGACAACGUUUACAAUCAGAAUUAACGGAAUUAAUACGACAAUCACAUCAACGAUUACGUAAUUGGCGUAAAAAUAAAUCCUAUCAAGAUUUAUGGUUAUUGAUUGAUAAAUUAAUUGAUUAUACAAAAUGGCCAAUGAUUGUUUCGGUAAAAUAUAGUAUUGAAUAUCAACAACAAAAGCAAAACAUUAACGAAUUGAAUAAUCAUCCAAAUGAUAAUCUAAAUUAUCAACAUCAUCCGAAUCUAGAUUUACCAAUAUUUAUAAUUGGUGAUGAUGAUAUUGAUGAUAUGGUGAUUGGUGGUGGUGGUGGUAGUAGUGAACCAACAUCACCAUUAAUUGAUAAAAUAAUUAAUCCAAUUGGUGAUAAUGAUGGUAAUGAUGGUGGUGGUCCAAGUGGCGGUGGUGGACAAUUGAAUAUUAAUCAUCAAAUGGAAUUAUUAACAAAACAAUGGAUUCGUUAUUAUAUACGUUUAUCACAACAUCAACAACAACGUUUUCAUUUAAUACAACGUUGGCUUUUGGAACUUUAUAAUGAUCAUAAUUAUAUGAAACAUUUCAUUUGAUUUUCACUUUCUCUCAUUGACAACAUUUUUUACCUUUAAAUACCUUUAUUAUUUUUUA